AUGAAGAAUGAAGGUGAAAGAAAACAGCUUGUAUUGAUAGUAGAGAGCAGAGUUUCAAAAGCAAGCAGAAGCGCAGGAAGAGGUCGAAGUUUGGAGAUAUCCAACUUAAGGGUUUACAGUUUCACUGAAUUGAGGGAUGCUACUCAUAGUUUCAGGCAAGGUGAGUUUGGUUGUGGAGGCUUUGGGAGUAUGUACAAGGGUUGGAUGGAUGAGAAGACGCUUGCACCUUCUAAGGUUGGCACGGGAAUGGCUGUUGCUGUCAAGAGAUUUUACUCGGACAGUAUCAGAAGCAUUAAACAGUGGCAGCUGGAGCUUAACUUAUUAGGAAGGGUUUCUCAUCCGAACCUUGUCAAGCUAUUGGGAUACUGUUGUGAGAAAAAGGAGAUGUUCUUAGUUUAUGAGUUCAUUCCGAAUAGAAGCUUACAAAACCAUCUUUUUAAAAGAAUCCCUACCAAGGAACCACUAUCUUGGGACAACAGAUUUAAAAUAGCUAUUGGAGUUGCUCAGGCAAUAACUUUCUUGCACAGUUUACAACUCAUACACAGAGCUGUCAACCCCUCAAAUAUAUUGCUUGAUGAGGAUUACAAUACAAAGUUAUCAGAUUUUUCCUUGACAGAAUGGGGGUCAGAUGAUGGUGAGUUAGAUGUGUCUACAGGGGUUUGUGGCACUAAGGGAUAUACCGAUCCAGAAUACAUGAGAACAGGUCAUGUAUCAGUGGAGUGCUAUGUGUAUAGCUUCGGUGUUUGGCUGCUUGAGAUUCUGACAGGGUCAGAGACAACUGAUUUUAGCCGCCGUAAGGAGCAAAUCAAACUUGUUGACUGGGCUACACCCAUUUCUCUGUGA